AGCGAGAUUCCUUCCGGUAUUACCAGUUCUAGUUCUUAGCCAUGCUGUUUCAGAGUUGCGGGCUCCUGUCAGCGUUGGGCAGAAUCGGCAGCCGGUCGCCAGUCACUCGUGGGAUAUUGGCACGGGCAGCUGUGGUAUGGGCGCGGGAUGUAGACGGCAACUGGGGGGCUCCUACAGUGAGUCGCCUUGUGACCGGGCACCUCCAUAAAUGUGUUCGGCCGCCUUGGACUGUGCCACUUGCCGGACGUCUUUACUGUACGUUACCCGCCGCCCCAUCCUCUCACUAUCGGCUCAUUUACACUUGCAAGGUCUGCGCCACCAGGUCCAGCAAAACUAUCUCCAAAGUGGCCUAUCACAAGGGAGUGGUGAUCGUCAGGUGCCCCGGCUGCGAAAACCAUCACAUCAUCGCCGACAACCUGGGCUGGUUCUCUGACCUGGAAGGGAGAAGGAACAUUGAGGAGAUUCUGGCGGCUAAAGGGGAACAAGUGCAGCGAUUAGUCGGGGACGACGCUGUGGAAAUCCUGCUCAGAAAUGCCGGGGAGUCGGCGACUCAGGAUGGAGACAAAACUGGGGAAGCGGAAUCUGCAGGAAAUAAGCUUCUCUCCUGACAUGGAGGAAAAAUGAUGUGGACCUUACAAAGCAUUCUGAUUGGCUCUGAUGUGCAGCUAAUAGAAAACUGACCCUUCCUUUGCACAUCAGGCCACAGGGACAGUGUUCAGGUACCGCUCCUGUUUGGGGCCAGUAUCUCUGAGGCUGCCGGUGCCAUUCCUGUAUCUUUAUGCUGCUUCCAGUUGCACAUCUUCUGUUGAACCCAAUUAACUCUCCUGUCCCACUGCCCUGCAGUAUCCUUGGUGCGGCCCUGGCACCCAUAUGUCAGCUCUGCUGCUCCUUCCUUUAAACUGGCCUGGGGGUGGCACAGUAGCAUUACAACUUCAGCCUAUCAGAACAAUGGUCCACUUCUAGCUCUGUGUGAUGGGUGAAGUGACCAUUUGGAAAUCAGAACCUAGUGGUAUCAGUGGGGUGGGGGGCACCAUAGAAAAAACCGAAAACAUUGCUCCAUUAUGAAAGCCAUAUGUCAGCUCCUACAUACUGUAUAUGUCUCUAUAUAAGUGCCACCUCCCCCGUAGGUGCGGUUACUGAGCCAUGCCCCCUGAUUCCUCUUUAUUUAUAAGAUAAAACCUUUUUGUCUUGA